AAGAAAAAAGCAAACAAAUUCAGGGGAAAAGAAUUAUGAUUAUUAUUAUUUUCUUGAUAGAUGAAAGAAAUUAAUUUUUAAGUUCGAAUAAAGAUUUCUUUAUUUUUCUCACAGCUUCCUUUUAUAUUUGCUUUAUUUUCUUUCCCUCCACUUCCUUCUACCUUUAGUCGUACCCGCUAAAGACCCGACUGGUUUUUCCUGUAUCUAGUGAAUAAUGUUAACUGGACGAGAGAGCUUGGUUCGAGUGAUUGGAAAACGACGACGUUUCCUUCCUAAUCGCCAUUCUUUGCUUUCCAUUCCGAUACUCCAGAGUUUCUCAGAGAAUAAUAAAAUGGAAGACGAGAAAAAUCAGCUUGAAAUAUCUUCUCAUGACUGGGUAUUAUGCCCUGUUUGCGGGUCUAGGAUUCGCGGGCAAGACUCCGUAAUUAACUCUCAUUUGGAUGCAUGCCUGUCUAGUGGAAGAAAACGAAAAUUGACUCAACGAACCCUUCUUCAGUUGAACUUUUGCUCACAAUCACAAACAAGUAGUGUUGUACAGGAUACUGUUAUUGACUCAGAGAAAUUUACUGCUGAUGUUGACAAAAAUGAUAGUGAUCCUUGUGAAUUACCAUCGGGUACAAAGCCUUUGACUGUCGAAACUGAUGUUGUUAGUUCAACUGAGAAAUCAGUUGAUGGGUAUGGGAUCAACUGCCACAUUGAUCCUCCUUCAUUGCCCCUGAAAGAUGAAGUGCCCAAAUGUGAUCCAGUCACUACUUAUGAUGAAAUAUUGGGCGCGACUCUUGAGACUUUCAUUGUUGGCCGUAGGUUUAGUGUUGAGAAGGAAUUAAAUCUUGGGGAAAGAAUCUGUCUUUUGAGAGACCCGGGUAAUGCUAAUGAUCCAAAUGCUAUCAAGGUUGUUUUGGCAGAUUCGACUCUCAGUAAAGUGCUUGGUUUUCUUCCCCGAGAGUUAGCUCAAUAUUUGGCUCCCUUAGUUGAGAAGUACUGUCUAACCUUUGAGGGGCAUGUUACUUCUGUUCCCAAACGUUCACUUGAUGCUGUUCCCAUUCAGAUUAUGUGUUCCAAAGUGAUAUCACAUGGUGAUAGAGACCACAGUCAAAUUGAGGCUUUUACAUAUUUAUGGAAAAAUGUUCUCCAUGUAGUUGAAUCUACAAAGAGUUAUGCAAAUAGUUCUACAAAAUACCAGCAGAACUUUCGUUUGUUAAUUCAAGAGGUUUUGAGAAGCAAUCCUGACCUUUUCAUUGAUGAUGAGAAAACUUUCAUGGAAUCAUUUCUAUCUCUGCCAGAUGACAGUCAGAGGCUUUUUGUUCGACUUUACACGCGGAAAGGACCAUGGUUCCGGAUGUCUAAUAUUUCAUACCCAGAAAUUUCUGAUUCUAAGCAUGCAGUCAAGGGGCUUUCUGCAGCAGGUUAUAUUAGUUCCUUUGAAGAUGCAAAAGAACUGCCAAACAGUGACAUGGAAGAGAUUUUGAAUUUGCUCACUGUCUCUGAACUGCGUGAAAUUACAUGCAUGUUCAGGAAGAAUGACACUCAUUAUACAAGGAAGCACGAUAUCAUUGCAUAUAUUGUGUCCAGCUAUGAAGAUGGAUCAAGCUUAUUUCUACAAACUGCCAUUUUUGAUAGAACUGGAAUGUGUAUUAAGAUAUCUGCAAAAGCUGAAUCCCUUAUUUGGCGUGCUGAGAGACUUUUCUUCCUUAAUGGAGAGCAGGAUCUAUCAACAUUUCUACAAGUUGAUUUGGGGAUUGUCAAGUAUCCAACCUACCGAUGCAUUAUAUCAGAACAUUUUUACUUGACUCGAGAUAAUCUGUUAGCUUAUGAAGAGGCGAUUGAAGUGGCACAAAUAAUGGAUGAGUCUCUUGAGGAAAAUAAUAGUGAAUUGGUAUUAGGAUGCAUAAAGAUAGCUGACUCCCGAAUAUCCAGCUCUACUGCAAAAGCAACUCAAUCAAUGGCCUCUGAAUCGGCAGCUAUUCUUCUUUCGUGCUUUUCUGCAUCCUGGGUAUACUCGAAAGUGGUUGUUCUGGGAGUUUCAUUUUUUGAACAUGAGCAUAGGUACAAAGAUGCAAUUAACUUGCUGAAGCGAUUGCUUGCUUGUUUUCCUUGUGAUGGAAGGAGAGGUUAUUGGACAUUGAGAUUGUCUAUCGAUUUGGAGCACAUUGGUUGUCCCAAUGAGAGCCUUUCAAUUGCCGAAGAUGGUUUAUUGGAUGUGUCGGUACGUGCUGGUUCAAAAAUAGCACUGCAGAGGCGAGUUCUUCGCCUAGGGAAACCUCCAAGGCGUUGGAAAGCUCCUAGCUUCUCAUACUCUAUUAGGAGGAAGAUCAAGGAGGUUCAUAUUCAGGGGAGACCUUUGAACCAUGAAACUGGAAAGAAGAGUAGGUUCUAUGGGGAAGAUGGGGAGCAGUGUGGAGUUGAGCAGCUUGCUUUGCAGUAUUAUGCUGGUGAAGGAGGUGGGUGGAAUGGUGUUCAUUCUGAGAGUGGCAUUUGGUUGACCAUUUUUGGGCUUCUUAUGUGGGACAUUAUAUUUUCUGAUGUACCAAAUGUCUUCCUCAACAGAUUUCAGGCUCCAAGCUCAUUAAUGCCAAGAAACCUCAAGAUUAGCAGUGGAAGUCUACUUAGUACUUCAAGAAAAAAGAUCGAGAAAUAAAGGAGAGGAAGGAAGAAGAGCAUAGAGAAUAGAAAGAAGGAAAUAAGAGACUUGUAUUGAUAAAUAUUCAGUAUGAAUACAAAUGAAGCCUUUUCCUCUCUUUUAAAGGAUCAAUCAUUAGCUAGAAUCAUUCUAGAAUGCUGUGAUCAAAUGACAGCUCAUAAUUAACAAAAGGACAAAGAAAUAACAAACUUGUAACUAAAAGACAACAGAAAGAAAUACAAGGAAAAUAACAACUAAAACUUCCAGUUGUAGUAGCAAUCAUUACUGACAUAUUUUCAAAAUAUCUAACAUAAUGUCCAUUGCUCCUCCCCCAACGAUUCUCUAGCUUAUUAUUGCCUCAUCAUUAGCUGAUAGUGCUGCUGACAAGGCUACUAACUUGUCAUUCUCCAGUUGACAGUGCUGAUGCAUGACAAUUCUCUCCUCUGCAAGAACUUUCUUGUCCUCAAGAAAGAAUUCUGGAACUUGUGCCUUCAGAAAACUAAGAUCUUCCAAGUUGCUUCUUCAGUAGUUAAAUUAAACAAUUGGACUAAAACUUGUUGCACCUUUUCUUUCUUUCUCAUAAUCUCUCUGUGUUGUAAGAUAGCCAUUGGUUGGAUUUUGAACUCCCCAUUUUUAUGGAUAGUAGGCAAUUCAAUGGUAGUGGAGACAUUAGGACCAAUAUGCCUCUUAAGGAGUGACACAUGAAAAAUAGGAUGAAUUUGAGAAGUGACAGGCAAUUCUAGAUGAUAGGCCACUGUACCAACCUUAGCUAUUAUCUUAUAGGGUCCAAAAUACCUGGCUGAGAGCUUGAUGUGUUUCCUGACUACAAUUGAGGUAUAUCUAUAGGGUUGUAGCUUCAGGUAUACUAAAUCACCUACCUCAAAACUUCUUUCACUUCUAUGCAAAUUAGCAAACUGUUUCUGUCUAUUCUGGGCUCUUGCUAAGUUUUCCUUGAGUUAUUGAACCAUUUGUCUUCUUUGCUCCAAGAAUUCCUCCACUGUUCCUACAGUAGUUCCCAUAGCAGGUAAAGAAGUUAUCAAGGGAGGAUUGAUACCAUACAAGGCCUUGAAUGGAGUCAGUUUCAAGCUUGAAUGAUAAUUUGUAUUAUACCAAAACUUAGCUAAAGCCACCCAUUUGCACCAACUGCCUAGUUUUCGAAAGCACAUGAUCCUCAAAUAACUUUCAAAGCAUUGAUUCACUCUCUCAGUCUGCCCAUUUGACUGAGGGUGGUAUGCUAAACUCAAAUUCAAUUUAACCCCAACUAAUCUAAAUAGCUCUUGCCAAAAGUUGCUUGUAAAAACCUUAUCUCUGCCAGAAAUAGUACUGCUAGGAAAGCCAUGCAAUUUGUAAAUGUGAUUCAAGAACAGUUGUGCCACCUUAAGAGCAGUAUAAGGGUGUUUUAAUGGAACAAAGUGAGCAUACUUUGUCAUCUUAUCAACCACAACCAGAAUUGUAUCUUUACCUUCUGAUUUAGGAAGUUGUUUAAUGAAAUCCAUUGAAAUGGACUCCCAAGCUUGAUUGGGCACUGGCAGGGGUUGCAACAGCCCUGGAUAUGCCACAUUCUCCACUUUACAUCUCUGGCACCCUUCACAUUUCCGAACCCAGUUAUAAACAUUUUUCAUGCCCUUCCAGAAAAAAUGUGCCUUGAGCUUGCUAUAAGAAGCUUUUAUACCAGAGUGUCCUCUAAAGGAAGAAUCAUGAAUUGCUUCCAGAAUCUUAUUCUAAUCCCUAAGCCUGACCAAUGUAAAUUCUAUUCUUAUACCUCAAAACUCCUUGUGAACAAGGGAAUGAGGCUUGGUAGCAGUAUUGGUCAAGGCUUGAAUAAUUCCUUGGACUUCUUCAUCAUUGUCAUAAUUGUCAUAAUUGUCUUCAACUUCUUUUAACCAUUUUGGCACAAUCACAACAUUAAUACCAAACCCUUAAGCUUUUUCCUCAAAAUUCCAUCCUUUUCUUGAAAGUGCAUCUGCUACCUUAUUUUCAAUUCCCUUACAUACAAGAUGCUAUAAUCCAUUCUAAGUAAUUUAGACAUACCCUUGGCCUGAAUGUGAGUGUGGAUCUUCUGCUGAAGCAAGUACUUUAUACUCUGAUGAUCUGUUUUGAUAAUGAAGUGCUAUUCUCCAAGUAGUGUCUCCAUUUGGAGACUGCAAAAAGAAUGGCCAUCAACUCCUCAUAUACUGAAGAAUCCCGAUGUCUUAGACUCAAUGCCUUGCUAAUGAAGGCUAUUGGUCUGUGGUCUUGCAUCAACAUAGCACCAAUCCCCUUGCUGCUGACAUCUGUUUCAAGGACAAAAGACUUUGAAAAAUUGGGCAGUGCCAAUAUAGGAAGCUUACUCAUAGCUUCCUUGAGAGUAUUGAAUGCCCCUUCUGCAGCUGUGCUCCAUUUGAAAGAAUCUUCUAGUAACUUAGUAAGUGGCCUUGCAAUAACUCCAUAUCCCUUUAUAAUCUUUCUGUAAUAGAUAGUGAGCCCCAAAAAUCCUCUUAAUGCCUUCAGGUCCACUGGUAUAGGCCAAUUGAUCAUAGCUUCUACCUUGGAUUGAUCAGUGCUUACUCCUUCCACACUCAUUAUAUGUCCCCAAGUACUCAAUUUGCUUUUGAGCAAAGGAGCAUUUGGAGGGCUUUAUUAGGAGUUGAUUCUACUACAGGAUCUGAAAUGCUAAUUCCAAGUGCUGGACAUGUGUCUCCAAAUCAGGGCUAUAGAUGAGUAAGUCAUCAAAGAACACCAGUAUGAAUUUCCUAAGGUAAGGCUCAAAAAUGGAAUUCAUCGGGGAUUGAAAAGUUACAAGGGCAUUUGUAAGGCCAAAGGUCAUUACCAGGAACUCAUAAUGCCCUAAAUGAGUUCUGAAGGCAGUCUUAUGUGAGUCAGCAGGCUUCAUUCUAAUCUGAUGGUAACCUACCCUCAAGUCCAUUUUUGAAAAGAAUUCGGCUCCUCAGCUCAUCAAGCAAGUCAUCUGUGAUGGGAAUGGGAAACUUGUUCUUGAUGGUAAUGUAGUUGAGCUGUCUGUAAUCAACACAGAACCUCCAUGUGCCAUCUUUUUUCUUAACUAAAAGAACUAGUGAUGCAAAUGGACUGCAACUGGGUUGGAUUAUAGAAUUUUUCAACAUUUCCUUUAUUUGUUUCUCAAUUUCAACCUUUUGGUAAUAAGGAUAUAUGUAUGAUCUAAUGCUAAAUGGUUAUGAUCCUUCUUUUAAGGGUAUACUGUGAUCUUGGGAUCUAGCAGGAGGUAGUGAAUGGGGCUCUUGGAAAAGUUGGUUGUAGCUUUCUACUAAUUGGAUGAUAGAUGGGGAUAGUGUUUCUGGUGGUAGAUUGUUUUUAAUGGGAUUGGUUGCAUUUAUAAUGGUAGUGGUUAAAUUGGCUUUACAAGAGAUUGGUAACAGUUGCACAACAACCUAAGGUUUGGUCUUUCUCAAGAGAUGCUGCAAUUUCUUAGAGGACAUGGAUUGUAGAGUUGCUGUUUCUUUCAUCCCCACCAAUUGCACUUGUUUCCCUCCUUUGUCAAAUGUCAGUUUCAUAUGAAUGAAAUCAAAGACCAUGGGGCUAUAAGUUUUCAUCUAAUUCACACCUAAAACCAUGUCAUGUCCCCUAAGUUUCAAUACUCUAAAAUCAUAAGUGAAUUCAGUAUCUUGCAUAGACUAAUUAAGCCCUUCACACUUGGUCCUGUCGACAAUGUCCUGUCCAUUGGCCACAGUUACCCAAAGUGUUUUUGCCUUUACUAUUGAUGCACCUACUUUUGUCACCAUUCUAGCAUCUACAAAGCUAUAGGUGCUACCACUAUCAAUCAAAAUGACCACUGACUUACCUUUCACUGUUCCCUUAAUCUUUAGUGAAUUAGCAGCUUCCCUUUCUUCAAUGGCAUGCAUAGAAAUUUCUAUGCCAUCUUCUUCUGCAUCAAACUCCUCCAUUGUAGUAACUUCAUCAUUUUCCUCUAAAGCAGUUAAAGCAUUCAAUUGCUUUGAUUUGCAUUGGUGCCCCACAAAAUACUUAUCCCCACAUCUGAAGCAUUGGCCAGGGACUCUUUUGGUGUUUGUAUUGACUGUUUUAGUGUAGUGUGCUAUGGUGUUUGAGUAGGAAUAGUUAGUAUUGGAGUGGUGCUAGUAUUGGUUGAGUUACUGGUAUUGGUUAGCAAGCUUUUGGUUUCCGUCCUGGGGUUGUAUCUAUUUUUGGUUCUGAUAAGGUUAGUGUUUUGGGUAAGGUUCUUGAGUGUCUGGUUCUACUUCUUAAACAAUGCAUGAAUAGAUUGCUCCUGAAGUCUAGCUUUCUCACAACAUUGGACUCCACAUACUAUCAAAUUUUGGCUAUGAGCAGUAUUCUCUCAGCUUAUAGAUUUGCUAAAGGUCGAGGAGCAAGCUGAUAUUUUAUGAGCUUACUUGGAGAAUGCUUCUAAAAGGAUUAGGUUGACAAGAGGCAACCAAGAGAAUUAAAGGAGGGCGAUACAUGCUAGUCAAGCUAUACAAACAUCAAAAGACCCAAGAUUUUUAUCAAAUAUGGAUAUAGAUAUGCUCUUCCCAUCAAAAGACCCAAGAUUUCUCUAAUUUGAUAAUAAAAUUAAUUUUGGACGAGCUUGAUAUUUGAUAAUAAGUUCAAGAAUUAAAUUAUAAUAUUAAAUUACCAGUUUAGUCUUUCGACUAACACAAAAGGAGGUAGUAGUUAGUUUUAUUAAAACUCAAAGGGGUUUUAAUAUAAUAAAAGAUGCAGGGAUCGACUCAUAUAUUAGACCAAACCACAAGGGGUAAAUAGUAUUUAAAACCUUCAAUUAAAAGAUGUUGGAUCCAAGCUUAGAAGGUUGAGCUAUCUCCAAUGGUUUAGCUACAUGCAGUGUUCCAUAUAAGUUUUUUUAAAUGGUAAUUAAUUUUUCCCCCUGGAUUUUUAUACUAUUUACCUCUUAACAUUUAAAACUUCAUCAUUUUAUUUUGUAAUUUAGUCCUUUCGUCAAAAUUUUCAUUAAACAAUUGUUAAUUAAGUUUAAUUUUAUACUAUUUGUCCCUUGAGUUUUUGUGUAAUAAACUGAUUGCCCUUUAUAGUUUAUUUAUUACACUAGAAACCCCUUGUCUUUUAAUAAAACUAACUAUUACCUUUUUCAUCCAAAGUCCAGACAGUUAAAAGAUUAAAUUGAUUAGAAAUUUUCCACUUAAUAAUUAAAUCUUUUACUUGCUCUAUUCUUUUAGAAUAAUUUAAUCCUGGUAAAACUUAAACAUUUUAAAAUGACUUGUAUUUAUCAAAAUACUGAAGAUUCAUAUAAUUUAAGUUUAAAUUACCAAAAUAAAAUAAGUAUUUUUCUUAUUGUUAAUUUUGUUACACUAAAAUUGUAACUUUGAUAAGAAGUUUAAGGAUCAAAAUAUAUUUUUUCAUCAAUUUAUUCUUUUAAUUGCAUUCAUUUUCAAAAUGCAAGAGGGUUUUAGUAUAAUAAACAAAAUAUAGGAGGGAAUUUAUUUUAUACCAAAAAUUAAGGGGUAAACGGUAUUAAAUCAAAUCUAGCUAAUGAUUGUUUAACGUAAAUUUUGAGGGAAUGGCAUUUUAAUAUAAAAUUGCAAAUUAGAAAGAUGAAAAAAUAACAUUUUUAAAUGUUAAAGGGGUAACUAGUAUAAUAUGGCUUUUCUAAGAUUGCUAGGCCUUUAACUCAAUUGUUAGUAAGAGAUGUGCCUUUUGUAUUUGAUGAUGAUUGUUUAGCAGCUUUUGAGUUAUUAAAAGAAAAACUAAUCACGGUU